CAUGCUUCACCCAUUGGUUGCAUCACGGCUUUUUGGGGAGCGUGGGUCCCUGUGACGGCCGCGUUGGCUGUCCCCGAUCCCGAUGGAUCUUCUGAGACCUGCAGGUGAAAACGAGGGCCAAGCAGGACGGAAAGCUCAAGAAGCUCUUUGCAGAGAUCGAGCACGGCAACCAGGCGUCGGUGCUGGAGCGUCUCCGCGAGGACUUCGAGGGCGACUGCAACUGCAGUGACGAGGGCGGCACGACGCCUUUGCUACGGGCGGCUGCCUUGGGACAGAGGGAGAUCGUCCAGGUGCUGAUGGAGCACAAGGCUGACCUCAUGGCAUCCGACUUGGAUGGAGAUAAUGCCUUGAUGAUGGCCAUUGCGCAGAACCAUCUGGAAAUAGUACACUGCCUUCUGGAUGCGCGCGACAGCGUCGAUCCAGAUGUCCCGAACAAGAUUGGGCAAACGCCUUUGAUGAAGGCUGCCAGCAAAAACAAUCUGGAGUGCAUUGAGAAGCUCUUGGAGCUGAAGGUGAACGUCAAUGCCACGGCGAAGUCUGGGAAAACCGCCCUCAUCGAAGCAGUUGAGAAGAAGCACGUGCAAGCGGCCCAAGUCCUCCUGACAGCUGGUGCAAAUCCUGCCGCUGCUGAUUGCAAAGGAAAGACUGCGCUGUUCCCCGCAGCCUUCCGCUGCGACGAGCCCUUGCUGCGGAUGCUGCUGCUGGCCAAAGCAGAUCCCAAAGCCACGGCGGAAGAUGUGGGAACGGUGCUGAUGAUGGCCUUAGAUUCCAUGUCCUUCAAGUUGGACGCCUUCAAACUGCUCAUCGAACAUGGUUGCCCUUUGGAUCAUGCCAAUGGCCUUGGUGAGACAGCUUUGAUGAAGGCGGCUGUGGAAAGCAAUGUCGAAGCCGUGCAGGCUUUACUGGAAGCCCAUGCAGAUGUGGGCAAGAAGAAUCCGGAAGGCCAGACCGCGGCCGACUUGGCCAACAGCUCGGUGAAAGAGUUGCUGCAGAAGUCGGAAGCUGUGAUCGCAUCCAAAGGCUACAAGCAGUGAGCGUGGAUGGUCGUGGAUGGUGGUUGACUUGUUCGACUUCGACUUGUUCCGGUCGACUGGUUCAGGUCUUGCGAUGCCGACUGCCCGUGUUUUUCCGCCGAAAAGGCCAUGGCGGCCACGGCUAGCCUAUGCUAGAAGUCACGGAAAAAGUCAGCAAGAAGUCCGGUGACAUGGUCCGGACGAAGUACUGCAUAUCCGUAUCUGCUGGGCUAGACUUUCAUGUGUGCAAUCCAAGCCAGCUGUUCAGCCAUUGUCAG